GAGACUCAUCCCCUAUGGUUUAGAACUUGGAGUCACACACACUCUCUCUCUCUCUCUCUUGACCAAAAAAAUCAACAACAUACCAAGCUAGCUAACAUGCAGGAGGACAAGAAGAUGAAGGUGAAGAAAGGAUUCCUCGCUGUUCAAGUGGGUUUAGAAGACGACGACGAAGGUGUCUCUUCCCCUCAAAGAUUCGUGAUUCCUAUCUCAUACCUUUAUCACCCUCUCUUCAAGCGCCUUCUGGACAAGGCUCGUGAGGUUUACGGCUACCACACCGAUGGCCCACUCAAGCUCCCGUGCUCCGUCGACGAUUUCCUCCAUCUCCGGUGGCGAAUCCAGAAAGAGUCCACUCCUAACCAAAACCACCAUAACCAGAGCCACCAUCGCCUUCCACACGCUCUGCACUUCCACUCUUGUUAGGGGCUGUGACCCUUCUUUUUCUUUCUCUCUUCUUUUCAGUGUGUGUUUGUGUGUCGAUAGUAGUGCUAAUUAGGGAAUUGACGCCGCUCUGUGUUUUAAUGUCCAGAGGGAAAUUUAUAACAACGGAGAGAAUCAAUUUCUCUCUGCUUCCAAAUUACAAAUCCUCUUCUGCAGAAUUUACUUGUCUAGCUUUUUUUUGUUUUUCUUUUUCUUUUUCUGAUUAAACUGUUGAAUUACUCGGACUCUAUAGUUGUUACAUUUUAAGAUUUGGUCUUUACAUGAGGAAAUUGUGAAUUUAA